AUGGAAUCCCCAAGGAAGGAAUUGAUGUCUGCUCUUUCCACGCUUCACUUGGGUGGAAAAUACUCCGAUCUUACUGUCAAAUGCAACUCUAGAGAAUACAACGUGCACCGGGCCAUCCUUUGCUCGCGAUCUGGAUUCUUCGAUGGAGCUUGUAGCAACCAAUUUCGCGAAGCUAAGACUGGGUUGAUUGACUUGAGCGAAGAGGAUGAGGAGGCUGUCGAGCACAUGAUUCACUACUUCUACCAUUUGGACUACCUGACACCUGAGGAUGAGGACGAGCCGGCUUCUCCUGUCUUCCGUCACCGUGCUCAAGAAGCUCUCAGACAAAGACCACAAAAGCUUGAUCUGUCGCACAUCGUGGACCCUCUCUUCGCUCAGGCGGCUGCUUGUGCCCCACCCACACCAAUUACACCGACGGAAGGUGCUGAUCUCCUUUCGCAAGCGAGGCAUGACUCGAGUGUCGACCGUUCACCACGUGCAAUGAGCCCCAAAGGCAAGAUUGGACUCCGCGGUGCAAGUGCCGGGAGUGCUUCAGGUUCUGGCUCCGAGUGCGACUCUGAUGAGGACGAUGAUUGCGAGUACGAAACCGAUGACUCGAACCUUCUCACCCACACUCGUGUCUACGCGUUGGCAGAGAAAUAUGACAUACCUGCUCUGAAAGCUCUUGCAAAAAGCAAAUUCGAGAUGGCCAUGGCUUGCUACUACGAUUCGCCAGAGUUCGCCGAUGCGAUUGAGGAAGUCUACUGCUCGACCAUUGACAACGACCGAGGUCUCCGAGACGUUGUUAUUCAAGCCUUCAGGAAUCACCCUCAACUCGCCAGCACCCAGGAUGUCUUUGGAGUCAUCAAGCGCACCCCGACAUUAGCCUUUGAGCUCUGGAAAACUGAGAGGGGUAUUCCUGUUUGA